CCAUUUGUAGCCAUUAUUAUCCCUUUUUCCCCCCUUUCAUAUUCGUACUGUUACUACUACUGCUAUUUCACUCGCUCUAUUAAUUUAUCCAACCCAGCAUCCAAAGCAACCCUUCUUUGCUCCUUUGCUCUCCUCACUGGGUUUUAAGGAUUCCACUCUCCAAUCAAGCUAUUUCCCUAUGGCUUCCAAUUUGCAGAAGGAAUCCACUUCUUCCGAUGAGAAAUCGACUUUGACAACGGAGAGCAAAAGUUCUAACCCAGAAACAUCCACCGCCGAGAACAAAACUUCUUCCACUGGGGCGUCUCAACCAGCACAGGCUGGAGCUUCCCCUACCACUAUGCCUGGGUUUGUGCCACCCAAUCCUUUUGAUUUCUCAGCCAUGAGUGGCCUUCUUAAUGAUCCAAGCAUCAAGGAACUAGCUGAGCAGAUAGCUAAAGAUCCUUCAUUCACCCAAAUGGCAGAACAGCUCACUAAGACAUUUCAAGGGGCAGCAACUGAAGAUAGUAUGCCGCAGUUUGAUCCACAGCAGUACUAUUCAACUAUGCAACAGGUUAUGCAGAACCCCCAGUUUAUGACCAUGGCUGAGCGCCUUGGUAAUGCACUAAUGCAGGAUCCAGCUAUGUCUAGCAUGCUUGACAGUUUCACUAAUCCUCAACACAAAGACCAGAUUGAGCAAAGGAUGGCACUUAUCAAAGAAGAUCCAUCACUGAAGCAUAUUCUAGAUGAAAUAGAGACCGGUGGUCCUGCAGCAAUGAUGAAGUACUGGAAUGAUAAAGAUGUUCUGAAGAAGUUGGGUGAAGCAAUGGGUCUUGCAGUUUCAGGGGAUGCAGCCACUUCUGCCGACAACUCUGCGGCAGAUGAAGGUGAUGAAGUAGGAAAUGAGGAUGAAUCAAUUGUACACAAUUGUGCUAGUGUUGGUGAUGUUGAGGGUCUGAAAGCUGCACUAGCCUCUGGUGCCGACAAGGAUGAAGAAGAUUCAGAGGGAAGAACAGCAUUGCAUUUUGCAUGUGGAUAUGGCGAGGUGAAAUGUGCCCAAGUCCUUAUUGAAGCUGGAGCAAAAGUGGAUGCUUUGGACAAGAAUAAGAAUACUGCACUUCAUUAUGCAGCUGGUUAUGGAAGAAAAGACUGUGUGGCCCUUUUACUUGAGAACGGUGCUGCUGUCACACUCCAAAACAUGGAUGGCAAGACUGCUAUAGAUGUAGCCAAGCUCAACAACCAGCAUGAGGUGCUUAAGUUACUGGAGAAGGAUGCUUUCCUGUGAGUUGGAGUGUCGGCUGCAGCCAUGUGUAUUGUUUGGGUCCUAGCAUGUGAUAGGCCAUUUCACUGUGCUAUUAGACAAAAACAAAUUUGCUUUCAUUUCGUAUGCGGGUUAUGAUCACACAGUCACGGCUCGACUAGUUGUCCAUGCUGUCUGGUUGCUACAUAUAGCAUUUUUUUUUUCCUCUCUAAAUAUUAGUUUUACAAUUGAUUUUCUAAAA